UGCACAAUUUUGAUUGUUUGAGCCCAUGUUCUAACAUUCUUGUAUUUGCUUGCCUUUGCAAACUACCGAGAAAUUUUUGCUAGUGGCAUAAUCAGCAAAAAUGGCAUGUGACAGGUGGUAUCGGAUGUUCUUGUUUUCGUCUACUGAUUAAAUGUGGGUGCUUAAAAAAAAAAAAAAAAACUAAUAUCCAGAGGACACAGGAUGGGGCCCAUUUUGGGUUGACCUUGGGCUAAAGUUGGAUCAGUUGUGAUGUUUCAGCUAGUGGGCUUCAUUUUGGGCUUUGAUGGGUCACCAAUCCUGCGACGCACCUUUCACACAAGUUUGCUCAAGUCCACUUUUACAUGGAAUGUGAAUUGAGCAUGGCCAUUGGUAUAGUGAAAAAAUAUAAAAUUUGUGAAAAAAGUAGCAAAUUUGUUGAAGUUUAAAUUCGAGCCCUGCAAUUCCUUACCCUAUUCCCGUCCUGACUGGGAAAAAAACCCCAUGUGAAUCAGUCUUCAGAAACCCGGAAAAAUAUUUUGCUUAGUUCUUUCUCGGGGGUAAGUGGAUCGCAAUCCAUUUGUGUCUGGAUGUUGCCAAACUUACUAAUGAAGUUUCUUGUCUGUCUCAAGCCCACGUAUCAAAAAACCUUUGCAAACUGUCGAAGUGACAACAAUUUCUGGAAAUCCCCCAGUUCCAAACUUAUCCACACUGCUUUGUCUACAGUGACGUCACUCCUUCAAAUCCCUGUGCCUUCUGCACGUGGCCUGAAUCCUUCCCCCUUCUCUCUCUCUCUCUCUCUCUCUAUAUAUAUAUAUAUAUAUAUAUCUUUAUCUGUAUCCCUAUAUUUGCUAUCCCCUUUAUGCCACCUGAGCUUGUCUAAAAUUACAUAAAAUAAUAAUAAUAAAAUUUUCACAGCCGUUUGUGUAAUAGAGAAAAAAACAGUGAGGCUUCACUCUUGACACGAUCAAACAUGUUGGUCUUGCCAAGUAUCAGAGAGAACUCCCCAACAGACACGUAUGCAUCCUUCUUUAAUUUCCCCCCCCUUCCCUUACCCUUCUUCUUGGUUCUACAAAUACUGAAAACUCUUCAAGAGUUGGGGCUUAUCAGUAUCAUCCUCAGCCUUCGAGCUUAUCUGCUUUGAAAAUUACAAAAACAACAAAAACAAAAAAAAUGUUGAAAUCUAUGAUGGGUACGGGAGAGAAGAAGCAGCAGCAGCAGGAGGCUAAGAAUCCCGGAAACGCAACGUCGAGGAAAGGGUGCAUGAGAGGGAAGGGCGGCCCGGAGAACGCUUCCUGCACUUACAAAGGUGUCCGGCAGCGCACAUGGGGGAAAUGGGUGGCCGAGAUUCGUGAGCCCAAUCGUGGGGCUCGCCUCUGGCUCGGCACCUUUGACACUUCCCAUGAAGCUGCCAUGGCUUAUGAUUCUGCUGCAUGGAAGCUUUAUGGCUCCGACACCAAGCUCAACUUGCCGCAACUAUAUGCUGCCACCACAGCGGUGGCCAUGGCUCCUGCUUCUGCUGCUCCACCUCAGUUUCCAACCUCUUCUGCCAAAAUCCCAAUCAACCAUGUGAAACAAGAACCGCAUAUUCAGCGAAGUCCGGGUAGCGUGGGGUCUUCGAAUAGCGGUUUAUCAGUGUUGAAUGAUAAAUCAGUGUUUUGUGAUAAUAAGCCUGCUAUUGCCUUCCCUGCUGGGGAUGUUGAAUUGCAGAACGAUGAGAGAGUUGGCGUGAACGAUAUGGGAGCUGAUGUGGUUUGGGGGAAUUUGAAUGCCAACUUGCCAGAGUUCGAUGACGACUCCAUAUGGGCUGAGGCGACAGCGACAAUGGACUUUCCGGCGAUGACAGAGCCAGGAUUCUUCGAGAAGGGGAAGGGCUGGGAAGCCACACAGUACCCUUGGUGAUACUGAAGCUUCCCAAAAAUAUUUAGUAUAGCAUACUAUGUUGUGAAUAAUACAGCAUAUAUAUCACCAGAAAAAGGAGGGAGAAAAAGAAGAAGAGUAAUACAUAAAUAUAUGUGAAGUUUAUGUGAAUAUGUAGUUUUCCAGUCCAGAUACAAGACUGAAUGAUGUAUGUAAUGCAAAGCAUGCAUUGCUUAGCUUGUGUAGUUUUAUAUGCUUAAAUCAA